AUGCGAUUGACUACAAGACUUACAUUACUACUGUGUGAUGGGGAACGUGUAUGCAAUAAAUGCCGGAUGGACGACGCAUUAUGUGACUAUAGCCAGGAUGCAGGCCACCAGCAGAAUGAAAGAUCUCUGGUAGCUCUUCUUGAGGCACACAUCAAACAGCUACAGGAUACAGUACAAACGUUGUACGAAUACAUUCGAACUGGUCAUAACAUGCCGAUGCUGCCAGGACGGAGCCCGGGAGACGAUCGUCCACUCGCGCACGACAUUGUGGCAUAUGUUAAUACACUGCCUGUGUGCAUGGAAACCAGCUCCGACCAGUUGCAGCACCAGUUUACAGUGCUGAGCACCGCAUCUACUUUGUCUCUACGACAACCACAGCCAGAAGCCUCAUCGUUUCUAAGCAUUACUGCAACUGAGCCUCAACAAAUUAACUUCAUGGCGCCUCCGAUGCAACUAGAUCUGCCAUUAACAGAACCUGACUUAGCACAAGUGGAACACGAUUUUCUAGGAAGCAUGUCGGACCUACAGGAGUUUUCGUCGCUCGCGGAGGCAGACCCAGCGGAGGCGGCGAGAUUGCGUCGAUGGAUAUAA